AUGUCCCCAGAGGAUGGCUUCGUACAGCAAUGGGGGCAUGGACAGUCUGAGCCAUUGACAGAGGACUCAUCUUUGAAUGGGAAUUUAUCGAGCUAUCGGCAAUUUGCCAGGUCUAAGGAGUUCCCUAAUUUGGUUCGAUAUAGCAUCGUGGCCUUUCAGUCUCUUCCAGAGGCCGAAAGGCAGGAUGUGGCCGCCAAAGCGGGUAUUACAUCUCUAAUGCCAAAUAUGCCUAGUGUUGACCCUCCUGGAAAUCAAGUCUUGUCAAAUCCGCAGGUUGGAGAAAAUGACGAUCCUACGGACGCUAUUUUCUGGAGUGAGUUCACCCACGAUCUCGGUCCCUCGGUCCUACCUUCGAACCUGGAGGUUAAUCCGCCAAAACCGCAGCCUCUGGAAACUUCGUAUCCCACCCCCCAGUCUGCUCCCAGUCCAGAUGUAGGAACCAAUACCAUGGGCUCCGAUUUCUCGACUCCGGCAGAUCUCGAUCCUUUCCAGUUGUUAGAUGAGCCAAGACCUGCAAAUUUGUACCCGACCCAGUCCACUUUCGAUUAUACGCCGCGACCGGCAACUGACCUAGAGGGUUCUACGCUAUAUAAUACGUCCGAAAAUAUGAAUGGCAUUGGCAUGGGACCACCACUGGCAGAGCCAGCGGUCCUCAUCUCCCAAGCUGCUGAUCAAUCUUUAAGUCCACAUAUGGUUGAUGAUCCUGCCGAGGAAAAUCAAUUCUAUAGUCAUUCCCUUUCCCUUGAAGCCUUGCAACAUGUCCAGGCCCCUGAAGUCAUGCCCGUUGACCAUGCUCAAAAUAUGAUACGAUUGUUUCCGGAUUUGAGUACAAACCAACUUCGACAAGCGAUGGAACUAGGCGACCGUCUUUUCCCCCAAGAGUUGAUCCACUUAGAAACUCAAGUCAAUCACUGGCAAGCUGAACAAUUGUGGAGUUUCGUGGGUUUCUCGCCAGGGUCGUCUGCCAGACAAAGGAUCGCUGGAAUCUGUAGACAUAUCAAAGACAUGGGCAACCCAAACGCAGAAAACUAUUUGAGGAUUCGACUCGCAAAAGUCCAAGUCAACAUGCUCUAUGAGACCAUCUGCAAAGAGGAAAAGAAUCGGCGUCUCAAUCUCGGACCGAGAAAGUUCACUACCCACGUUCUUAACUGCAUCGAGGCAGCCAUUAGAAAUCCUGGCGACCGACGCCUUCCUGUUCCCAGAAAGUCACUUGUUCGCGACGCUAUCUUUCGAUACAAGAAGGUUGGUAAAAAAUGGUCGGUGUCGCAAGGUCUAAGUAUGACGUUGCUUGUUGACCAAGACUGUGGAAGGACAAUAGAAGACGGGCAGUUCACCGAGAUGCAGGUGAAGGCUUUGAUGUUCUAUGUUUCGGUAACUCGGCCUGAUAUUAUCAGUCUCUGCAGCAACUUAGAACAUGCUGUCAGCUAUUUCCUGACCCAUAAUCGGUUGCCGGCGCGUCCCACCCCCGAUGAUGUUCGAAGAAUGAUUGGGAUUCACAAUCCAAUGACAGCGAUCGUAGAUUAA